CGGAGAUGAAGAAGACUGUGAAGAGGAGGAAUCCCCAGGAGAGGAGGGACUGGGUUUCGCGCGGCAGAGACCAGAAACGCUUGUACAGGGUAAUGGAGCGGCCUGGUGGUGAAGGCGGUGAAGGUGGUGGUGGUGGUGGUGAUGCAGAGGAGCGAGAUGACCGAAAGCGUUUCAGGAAGGGCAUGGCAGAGAUGAGGUGAAAGCCGUCAGAGGAUGUUUCGAGUGCAUCAUAAAGGGAGAAGGAGCAGCGCAACAUUGCGCCUUUUCUGUCAUCCGCGUCUUCACCUCACACAGGCACACACUCACCAACGACUGCCUCAAAGUCCCACUGACGUAGUAGCCACUGUACCUCCUCCGGCACGGGAAAGGGCAAAGGCAAGGGCGAAGGUGACCCUGUUCCAUCCCUUCCAGCC